CCACGCACCGUCUCUCGCGGAUCAAGCUAUUAAAUGUUGACUUGAAACGUACGCCGGAACGAUUUCAACGAGAAUCGCGGACGUCGGAUCGGUGAACCGUCGAAUCAAGUGCGGCCGUAAGCGAUCGUCUUCGAACCAACGAAAUAUUAUCCCGGGCUCGUGUCGACGGCGAUUGAACAGCCUCUCCCUUGGGACGGAAAGCUGACAGCUCGGUGAUCGUCGGAGACUCGGAAGAGCCGAAACUCUGUGGUGUUCAAUUUUUGUCCGUUCUUAGAACCGUAUUUGCUUCGGGAGUCGUUGGUUCCUUCGAUAGCCUUCCGAUUGCAAAAUCCGUGGGAAAAUCAAUUUGACGGAAGCCGGUGUUUCCAUCCGCGAGCGACCGUGGUCGCAAAGAGAUUACUUUGACGCGUUUCUGCGUUCGAAGCCGAUCGCGUCGAAGUUCAUAAAUCGCUGCCCGAAAAGCGAACGGAGAUCUAUUCUCGCAUCGACGUGCAUGAUCGAAGAGCCUGUCGGUUGAUCUUCGAUUCGUGAGAAAACGGCUCUCGAGAUUCUGCUCGGAAUAUCUUUUGAAGCGAGGCGCGUUCUUGUCCUGCACGCGCCGGUUCCCUUGACGGUCGUCGAAAAGUACGGUUCGCCGGGCCACGAAAAUGCGAUUGCGUUGACACGAUCGCUGGGAAAAGUGACAGCUUGGAUUUCAUCGCCGAGAUUUCACCGCGAGCUGGUGCAGAGUUCGUGCUGGCACGAAUGAUAUUGACGAUUUUAGCGCGUUACCGAAGUGCGAACGACGACGCCGUGAAACGCAGGAAGAACCGACGAUCGGCUCGCCGUCGUGGCAGAUUAGAACAAUUAGAACUCGCAAGUGAGCGCAGAACCUAGCCCCGCCGACGAGCAGCAGCAGAUCAGCGCAGAUUCAGCAGGAAGAAUUCGCCGAGAUCCAACAAACCGCGAGAACGAGAUCAAUUUAAUAUCGAUCGAAGCCCAUCAUCGAGAACGAAGGUUUCUUAGCUGACCCUAUCACCACGCCAGAUUCACCCAACUGCGUCGAUAUCGUAGAAUGGUAGAGAGUGAACCUGGCUCUAAGCACAAUUAUAAGUGUGAUGUAAAAGACGAGCGGCUAAACGGCUGUAGCUCCAAGGAUCUCGAACUUGCCCGUAUUGGAACGAAGGGCAAGACCCUAGAUCCCGAGAAAGGAUCCUACGCUAAAGCAGAUUUCGAGAAGGCUAUCGAACUUACCGACUAUGGCAAGUUUCACUACUUCCUCCUCACGGUAUGCGGUUUCGUCAGCACCAGCGAGGAGAUGGACGUGAUCUCCAUGUCCUUCAUACUGCCAAGUGCACAAUGUGAUCUAAAGCUCGACACGCAAGCCAAGGGAUGGCUCAACUCGAUCAUCUUCAUCGGCAUGAUGGCCGGCGCGUACGCCUGGGGCUCCGUCGCGGACGCCCUGGGCCGUCGAAAGGUUCUCAUCGCCAUCUCGUUCACGAACGCCGUUUGCAUCGUGGCCUCUAGCUUCAGCCAGUCCUAUGAACUCUUCAUGCUCUUCCGUUUUCUCAACGGCGCUGCUCUCGGAGGCAGUGGACCUGUCAUCUGGUCGUACUUUGCAGAGUUCCAGCCGAAGUCUAAGCGAGGCUCGAUGUUGUCUUUCAUGGCUGCCUUCUGGACGCUUGGGAACCUCUUUGUCGCUGGCCUAGCAUGGUUGAUCAUCCCUAAUGAAAUCGGCUUUGUGAGUGCAACGUUCACAUAUAACUCCUGGCGAAUCUUCCUGCUGAUCUGCGCUGCUCCGUCGUUUAUCGUCGCGGGGCUGCUCCUGCUGCUCCCUGAAUCCCCUAAAUACCUCUUAUCCUGCGGAAAAUACGAGGAGGCGCUCGACAUCUUCCGCAGGAUCUAUGCCAUUAACACUGGCAAACCCCGUGAAAGCUACACGGUAAAAGAAUUGAUACUCGAUGGCUUCCACGAGCCAGAACCGGUGAAGGUCGGCGCCGAGAAGAACAAAUGUAAAACAAUGCUUGGUGACAUUGUGGAGAACAGCAGGCAACUAUUCGUCUCGCCGAUUCUUCGCUUCACCAUAAUCUCGAUCAUCAUCAACUUCACCUUCCACAUCGGUUAUUACGGUCUGAUGAUGUGGUUCCCCGAGCUGUUCAAUCGUUUCGACGAAUUCCAUCGUGACCACGACGGCGUGGUCGCGUCGACGUGCGAGGUGACCGAUUACGUGGUUCAAAAGGGUGCUCAGAAAAUCGAGAACCUCUGCUCGGAUAAGAUCGGUGCCUCCGUUUUCUUGGAAUCUCUAAUCACUGUAGCCUCCGCUAUUCCCGCAAAUAUCGUCGCUGUUUUGGGAAUGGACCGUCUCGGCCGCAAGUUUUUCCUCGUGUUUAGUACGUUUUCGUCGGGACUGUGCUCGAUCGGGUUGUACUUCGUGCACAAUAAGUACCAGAACCUGAUCGUAUCGGCCAUCUUUAGCGGUGUGAUAAGCUGCGGAAAUGCAGCACUGGACUGUCUAAUAACCGAAGUUUUCCCAACCCAUCUACGUGCGACCGGAAUUGCUAUUUCCAUGGUCGCGGCCCGUCUUGGUGGUAUUAUUGGGAACAUCGUAAUAGCUCAACUUCUGGACAUAUACUGUCCAGCGCCGACCUUCAUUGUCGCUGCUCUUCUAAUUGGUGGAGGAUUAUUGUGCUUAUUCUUACCAAACACAACUCGUGAACCACUUUCUUGACACCAGUGGAGAAUUCUAUCAAAUCUAAUUGAAUGUACAGUCAUGUAUACAUUUCUCAAUGAAAAUUUUAAACACACGAAACCGGCGCCCCCACGCUCAUGUAUCUACACAAAUUUAGUUUACGAAUGAAUGAUAUUACAAACAACAGUAUUGCUAUAAUCAAGCCAUACAUUCCUAUUUUACAUAUCAAGAUCGAACGGUAAUCAAGCAGAAAUCUUAGGCGAUAGAGAUCAUGACAGUGUAGGAUUACCACAUUUUAGGGACGGUAAUUCAUAACACUUCGUGGACAAUUAAUUUCAAUGUUAAAAAAAAAGAAACCUACGACUUAUAAUGUUGUACAUAUCUUUGCUUCUGUACACGAAAAAUUUGUUUUCCAAGCCUUUGUAACCGCUCGUUUAAACGUAUUUAAAUUCUCGACGCAAUUAUAAAGGCAAGUUUUGAAGAGACGAAGUAAUUAAAAUAGAAAUUUGAAUUCCUACGAUGUAACGAAGUGUUCGAAGUAUUUUCUAUAUAUUUUUGAAACACUAAACCCUGAAUAAUGCGUUAUGAAACGUAAAAAAGCGUGAGGAUUUUGUAUACUGAUAUUAAACGUACAAUGUAGAUACAGCACUUAUAAGUAGAGAUCAUUUUUCGAGAACAUUUUACUACGUACUUUUGUAUGUUUCAUCGUUCGUUCAAUGUGAAUUGCCGUUGUACAUUGUAUACUCCUACAUGUUUCUAAUUUAAAAUGUAACAAUUGCAAAGAUUUGAAAUAUAAAAAAGAAAUGUAACAAUUAAAAAAUUA